AUGCGGCUACUCAUCUCAGCAGCCUUUGGGUCCGGUCCCACCUUCCAGGUUUUAGGGUUCCGGACUACGGCACCGCAAUCCUUUCCGGGUCUGCCCGGCUGUCUGGAAAAUCCAGGACCCUGGGGCAGGGAAGCUCCCUGGAGACGUUUGGCACACGGGAUCACAGAAUCCUGUGAGAGCACACUGGGGAGAUCUUCCCUUCCUUCCCUGGCUUCUUCCUUCAAUGAGACUCUCCCUCUCCGAGGGAGAUAAACCAUGAUUGGCGGUCUUGGUUGACUUUGCGUCGUCUUGGCCGAAGAAGGCUAAGGGGACUGCAUAUGAAGGGGCCACAGAUAACUCAGCUGGAGUCAAUGGAAGCUGACGUUUCCACCUCCAUAGCUGCACCUUGA